UGUCAGCCCAGUCCUUCAAAGCCCUGCCAGCAUUCUAUUGAAUCAAGAAUGUGUGUUGCUUUUAAGAGAGAGACUGUAUUGUAUUACUUAAAGAUUUAAUAGCUAUUAUUUGCUGGUGGUCUUGCAUGACUUAUCAUUUCUUAAAAGUAUAACUUAUUAUCCACUUUUCUCUCUAAAUAAAAAAUAUUACCGUAAAGCUUUAAAAAGUACCGAACACUGCCUAAAAGUAUAUGAAAAUACCAAACCUUACACUUAAACAUAUUGAAGAUUAACUAAUUUGCAGAUACUACUCACCAAAAUAACCUGUUCUGUGUAAUAUCCAGAAAUUAAAACUUACUGCUCUGCCAUAUUUACUAAGCAAAUGGGUACGUUUCACUCAGCACUAACUGUACCUUAUCCUAGUACGACUUCUGAUAUACUUUAGCAUAAUUUAAAUAUGUGAAAAAAAGAGAACUCAUUUUUCUGGUAUCCAAUUUCAGUUGUAAGUUUGCAUUAGUACAGAUUCUUUUAUACCUAUGCUUUUAUAUUUUUUGUUUUAAACGUCAUUUUUUUCCUUGCGUUGUACAACAGCUUCUAGUGUUUUUAGAAUGCCUGGAGUGAAAAAUAUAGUAGAAAACAGCUUUUUGGCAGAAUGUCCUCUGCAGUGUUCAAAAUUAACACUGGGUAGAUAUCCUAUUUUAAAUAUUUCUUAUGCCCUUAGUAACAUAAGGAAAAGAGAGUAUACUAUCUGUUUUCAAUCCAGACAACGAUGUCUGUGUCACUAAACAGAAAAGCAAAAGUGAUGAAUUUUUAGUACCACUAGAUACUUAUAUAGUUACUUUCACUGUGGAGAAACUGGAAAGUUUUUUGAAGUAAUGUCACAAAUUGCAGGUUUAUUUAAAAAAAAAAAAAAAAAGGCUUAAAUAUAAUUUUUUAAAAAGUAUUUUUACACAACUUUUCUGAGUGAAAUUGUACCAGUUUUAUUUUUAGAACCAAUAAACAUCUGGUUUUGUGGCAGCUGUACAGUGUUUUUGCAUCUCUGCAUGACAUUGUUCAAGGCUCUUUCAUUGGUGUGUUGCUUACUUUAUUUGGACCAAAAGAUGUAAAAUACACUGAUACAAAUCUAGUUUGGCUGACAAACUAAUGCAUUCCUCCACAACUUUUUUUAAACAUCAUUUUGUUUAUUCAGAGUUUAUUGUAUAUUACUGUGAGAAACACUCUGUAGUCAAUAACAUAGGCUCAGGCAAGGAUCUCAGUGAAGUAGCAAUUCUAUUCGCGAUUGCCAUGGUGGGCGUCCCACAAGCAGGAGCGCACCUACUAGUCACACAGUACAGUUUAUAUACUUUAUUUCUCGAUGACCGGGACCCUCCCCUGUUUCCCCAUAGACUGGGUAAUCCAGGUUCACAACCUAUCUGAUGCUUCAGAGACAAUACACGGCCUUCAGUUGCUGGCCUGUUAAUUUUCAAAUUUCUUUCUACUUUUUUACUGUUUGAAAUGGUAAUGUUUCUUCACUUAUCUGACUUGACACCGUGAUUUUCACCUAAUUGCUCUAAGGAGUCUGGUUGUCUUUUUUCAAGGUCGUCUGCUAAGUUUUCUUAUCACUGCAAGCAUAUCUCCAUACCACAUUCCUUACCUUUAAACAAUGUAACUCUGUGCAAAAAGAACAUUCCCACAUUACCAACAUUUUACAUAGAUAUAUUGAGCAUGUUCACUGUUACACUGAAUUAGUCUAUGUAAUUUUCAUGUAUUUAUGAAUUAAGACAGUAUCAUUCAGUGAUUUAAUAGGCAGACAGCAUUUUAGUCACUGACCUAGGCUGUUGCCUUAAUUUAGGAUGAACAUAUUUUGCCAAUGUUGUAGAAUAUACAAAUCUCUUAAUAAUUAUACACAUUCUACUCCUAUGAAGAUCAUUAUUUCACAUGUAUAAUACUAACCUUUCCUGGCAAUAAACUAUUUCCUGCCAGCCUCACAGACGGGAAAAUAUAGAGGUAAACCUUACUCAUCUGAAAAUCUACUUAAGUCGUCUGCGGUUGAUGCGCGUACAAACUACAAGAUCACCCCUCAGCCUCUUUUCCUCACAGUGUUUCCGCCACAUCCCCCCCCCCCAUCUCAGCGAGCUGGAAGCCAUUUUGUGCGUAAGGGCGGGGACUGCGCGCAGGUGACGUCUCCUUCCUCUUCAGCUCGGCCGCCAUUUUUGGGGGGUGUAUGGGGGGAGGUGUUUUUGCGCAACUCUGUUCGCUCCCCUGAGAAAUACUGCAAAACAAAACCAAAAGCGUAAUCUUUCGUUCGCCUCGCCCCAAAAUGGCUGCAGCAACGAUAAAUCGUAAGAGUUGACGAUCACGGCUCGGCAGAUGAAUAAUGAGGCAAAUGAGCUGAUACAAUCAACUGUUUAUGGACCAUCACUGGAAAAUACUGGUUGCAAACUAUUGUGUGCUGGAUAUGGAUCAGUGAUACAACAACAAUCAAAUGACAGUUUUUCAGUGUCCUUAUGGAUAGGAUUGUGAACAGAACUACUUAUGUAAAAAUGCAUCCAGUUGUGACUGAACACCAGAUAAGUGCUGUGGUAGACAUGGACUUCAUGUCAUGUUGGCUUUCUGUUUAAAAGACAGAAGGCUGGCACUUCUAAAGGGACAGUGACAAAGUGAUGACCAAGUGCCAAGUGCCAGCUGUUCUUAUUCACCAAAUUGAAGAAGAAUUGGAUAAAGAAGAAGGUGAGAUAAUGGUUUUCCUUUGCCGAGACCUUGUUCCUGACUUGGCUACUGCUGACCUGAGAGAGCUUUUGAUGGCUCUGAAUGAGAGGGAGAAACUAUCUCUUCUUGGAUUGUCUGAGCUACUGUACAGGGUUAAGAGGUUUGAUUUGCUGAGAAGGAUCUUGAAGACUGAGAAAAUAACUGUGGAGUUUAACCUUGCCAGGAGUCCUAGACUUGUCCCCGAUUACAGGGUACUAAUGGUAGAGAUUAAUGAGAAUCUGGAAAAAGAAGAAGUGGGUUCUCUUGUUUUUCUACUCAGAGAUUAUGUACCUCGUAUGAAAUUGGCAAAAGAUAAGAGUUUUUUAGCUCUAGUGAUUGACUUAGAGAAACUAAAUUUGGUGGCUCCUAAUCAACUGGAUCUGAUAGAAGAGUGUUUCCAAAGUAUUCACAGGAUAGACCUGAUUAAGAAGAUUAAGAAGUACAAACAAGAAGCUUUUAUGUCCUCCGUUCAUUCUCAGCCAGUGUAUGUAAAUGCACUUCAGGCAUCUCUCCCUAAUCUCAGUCUGAUUGAUCCUCCUUACAAUUCAGAGAUCAAGAACAUGAACAAAGAAAAAUCACAAAAUGGACAAAGUUUUUUUCAAGAAGAACCAGUCCACAUGUCCAUUCAAGAAUCAGGACCAGCAUCUCAUAAGGUGUUAAAUGAUCAGUACAGAAUGCAAAGUCAACCUUUAGGAAUAUGCCUGAUCAUAGAUUGUAUUGGUAAUGACACGGAUGUGCUGGAAGAGACCUUUAGAGGCUUAGGCUAUGAUGUUCGUUGCCACAGACAUUUAGAUAUGGAUGCCAUGAAUAAAACAUUGCUUGAAGUUGCAGGGUUACAGAAGCACAGGAAUUGUGACAGCUUCAUUUGCAUAUUGGUCAGCCGUGGAAAUCCUCAGAGCAUCUUCUGUACAGAUGAGACUUUUACUGGAUUCCCUUUGGAACAAAUAAAGAAAUACUUUUUGGCAGACUCAUGUCCUGAACUCCGAGGAAAACCAAAGCUCUUCUUUAUUCAGAGCUAUAUUGUUCCCGAAAAUGAGCAAGAAUGUACUAGUCUGUUGGAAAUAGAUGGAAAUGAUGAUAAAAUGAUGGCUAAUGCAAAAAUUCCUUUGAAACUCACUAUUCCCCAAGUAGCAGACGUCUUUUGGAGUCAGUGCAAGGUGGAUGUGUCUACAAUAGAAAAAUCUCCAACUUCAUCCUCAUAUUAUCUGCGUUGUCUGGCUGAGCUACUCCGUAAUCCUCAUAAAAGGAAACUGUCUAUAUUAGAUAUCCAUACGGAACUGAACAGAAAAGUCUAUGAAUGGAAUAAGACCACAGACCCAAGCCAACAAUAUUCACUUCUGCUCCAGCACACACUGAGGAAAAAACUUUUUCUUUCUCCCACUUAACCGCUAUUGGAAAGAAUAUGUUUGAAGUAGCUGAGAAAUGCUUACCAUCAUCCACUUUCACCCACACUUUAAUUGCAUAUGUAUCUGAAGUGCCUGUUGCUUCUAAACCCAGUGAUUUAGAAGCAUUUUGGGUUGUUAAGGCACUAGAUUUUAUAUUUUAAUACAAAGGGCUCUGAAAGAUUGGAUAAUAAUGACAGCUAUUGCAUAGACCAGCAACAGACCAUACAACCAAGUGCAACAGGUAAACAGUGUAUAAAGAGCUCUAAACUGUACAGUUGGGUUUUCUAGGGGUUUGUGUUUUUGUUUGUAUUUUAGCACACCUGGUAUCAGUGAAUGAUCUAGGCUCAUAUUUUGUUGCUUAAAACAACCAAGCCAGUGCAAAACAUUAACAGUUUGCACGCUGAAUUUCAAAAAUUGACCAGGUACUUAUUCACAGCACUUAAUAAUGAAAAA